AUGCGUGAGGUUCUUUCCCUCCACGUCGGUCAGGCCGGUAUCCAGAUCGGUAACGCCUGCUGGGAGCUCUACCUCGCCGAGCACGGCCUCAGCCCCGAUGGUCGCAUCCUCGAGGGCAGCCCCUCUGAGAACGACGACGGUUUCUCCACCUUCUUCAGCGAGACUGGCAGCGGCAAGUACGUUCCCCGCUCCAUCUACGUCGACUUGGAGCCCAACGUUGUCGACGAGGUCCGCACCGGUACCUUCCGAUCGCUCUUCCACCCCGAGACCCUCGUCACUGGUAAGGAGGAUGCCGCCAACAACUACGCCCGUGGUCACUACACCGUCGGCAAGGAGCUCAUCGACCAGACCCUCGACCGCGUCCGCAAGCUCGCCGACGCCUGCUCCGGUCUCCAGGGCUUCUUCGUUUUCCACUCGUUCGGCGGUGGUACCGGUUCCGGUUUCGGUUCGCUCCUCCUCGAGCGUCUGGCUCAGGACUUUGGCAAGAAGGCCAAGCUCGAGUUCUCGGUGUACCCUUCGCCCAAGAUGAGCUCGUCGGUCGUCGAGCCUUACAACUCGGUCCUCACCACCCACACCACGCUCGAGAACUCGGACUGCUCGUUCAUGGUCGACAACGAGGCCAUCUACGACAUUUGCCGCACCAAGCUCGGCAUCGCCUCGCCCGGCUUCACCAAUCUCAACAGGCUCAUCGCCCAGGUCGUCUCGUCCAUCACCGCCUCGCUCCGAUUCGACGGCUCGCUCAACGUCGACCUCAACGAGUUCCAGGUCAACCUGGUGCCCUUCCCGCGUAUCCACUUCCCCCUCGCCACCUACGCACCCAUCCUCUCGGCUGCCAAGGCCGGUCACGAGCAGAACUCGGUCGCCGAGAUGACCUUCUCCUCGUUCGAGAAGGGCAACCAGAUGGUCAAGGCUGACCCUCGUGACGGCAAGUUCAUGGCCUGCUGUCUCCUCUACCGUGGUGACGUCGUGCCCAAGGACGUCAACUCGGCCGUCGCCACCAUCAAGACCAAGCGCACCAUCCAGUUUGUCGACUGGUGCCCCACCGGUUUCAAGAUUGGUAUCUGCAACGAGCCCCCCACCACUGUUCCCGGCGGUGACCUUGCCAAGGUGUCGCGCUCGCUCUGCAUGCUUGCCAACACCACCGCCAUCGCUGGCGCCUGGGGUCGUCUCGACAACAAGUUCGACCUGCUCUACUCGAAGCGUGCCUUCGUCCACUGGUACGUCGGUGAGGGUAUGGAGGAGGGUGAGUUCUCCGAGGCUCGUGAGGACCUGGCUGCGCUCGAGAAGGACUACGAAGAGGUUGGUCUCGACUCGGUCGACGUUGGUGAGGAGGACCUCGAGUACUAA